UUUUUCAAAAGGUGUCAGAGAUACACGGGACCACAAAAUCUAACAAGUGUCUCAGAAUUCUUGCUCCUGGGACUCUCAGAGGAUCCAGAACUGCAGCCCUUCCUUCUUGGGCUGUUCCUGUCCAUGUACCUGGUCACCAUGUUGGGGAACCUGCUCAUCGUCCUGGCUGUUACCUCUGACUCCCACCUCCACACCCCCAUGUACUUCUUCCUCUCCAACCUGUCCUUGGCUGACAUGGGCUUCACCUCCACCACUGUCCCCAGGAUGAUUGUGAACAUCCAGACUCACAGCAGAGUCAUCUCCUAUGCUGGCUGCCUGACACAGAUGUCAUUUUUUAUGCUUUUUGGAUGUUUGGAUAGUCUCCUCCUGACUGUGAUGGCCUAUGACAGGUUUGUGGCCAUCUGUCACCCCCUGCAUUACUUGGUCAUCAUGAACCCACGUGUCUGCAGCUUGUUAGUGUUGGUAUCACUCCUCACCAGCCUUUUGGUCUCUCAGAUGCACGGUUCGGUGGUGGUAAAUGUUGCCUACUUCAGAGAUGUGGAAAUUUCUCAUUUCUUCUGUGAUCCUUCUCAACUCCUCAACCUAUCCUGUUCUGACCCUUCCACCAAUACCAUAGUCAUGUAUUGUGUGGGUGGCAUCUCUGGUUUUCUCCCUAUCUCAGGGAUCCUUUUCUCUUACUCUAAAAUUGUUUCCUCCAUUCUGAGAGUCUCCUCAUCAGGUGGGAGGUACAAAGCCUUCUCCACCUGUGGCUCUCACCUGGCAGUUGUUUGUUUAUUUUAUGGAACAGGCCUUGGGGUGUACCUCAGUUCAGCUCUCUCACUUUCCCCCAGGAAGAAUGCAGUGGCCUCAGUGGUAUACACUGUGGUCACCCCCAUGCUGAACCCCUUCAUCUACAGUCUGAGGAACAGGGACAUCAAAAGGGCCAUGAGGAGGUUCUUUGGCCAAAUGAUCUAA